CCCAUCGUCACAGCGUCCAAAGAAAAAAAAGAAAAAAAGAAAAGAAAAACUACUUCACGGAGCACGCUUUGCUACGACAAAACGACACCAAAACCGUAGACAAGGCCAGUCCAACUCUUCUUUCUAUCGAUGUAGUCUUCCAAUUGCUCUCCCAUGAACCUCCUCGCAGGUGGUCGCUGGUGGCACGCGAUCCGCACCUACUCCAAUGCGUCGCGCAAGUCCCGCCUCGGCCGGACCAUGAGCCUGGAUCACUUCAUCCAACGAUCCCGUGCAUUGGCGCUCUACAGGGAUAUCUUCCGCGGCACCGCCCGCAUCCCGGACGAUUCGACCAAGGACGAGACGCGGCGCUACGUCCGCGCAGAAUUUGAGCGCCAUCGCGACGUAACCGAUCUUGGUCAUAUCCGGUAUCUUAUAUCGACUGGCAAGGCAGAAUGGGAGGGUAUGCAGAGGUAUAUCCAGGGGUUAUAACAAUGUCCUAUCCCGUUGUAUAGUAUCCUGUAGUAAUGGUACAUUCCGAGUCGAGGAUGGGAUGCAUAUGGUCCAG